ACGACUGUGAAUGGACGACUGUGAAUGGACGACUGUGAAUGGACGACUGCAUUGGCUCAUGCAAUUACAGAGGUUUCCCAUGAGGCAUGGCCAAUGUUGCGAACAAGCAUAAAAAGGCGAGAAGUCGUCUGUUCCCUCCUCCAGUCAUCACGCUCAUCUACUACAAGUCCAUUACAUUCACUCAGCUUUACCUUUCGAUUAACCGGCACAGCUCCUCAACAUGCUGAACGCUUUGAUCUCCGGCGCGAAGGUGUGGAUAAACAUUCCCAAACAAUACUCGAAUGGCGACGGCCCGUUGGCCGGCACAAUCACUGUGCAGGUGAACUCGGACAGCGGCUUCGAGAUGAAGGGAAUCACCAUAAAGUUCCAUGGAGAAGCCGAAAUCGAGUACGAGUACAUGAAGGAAGUCGAUAACGGCGAUGGCGGCAAAAAGAAGGAAAAGGAGAAGUUCAAGAAGGAGAAGAAGUUCGACAAAGUGAAGGCGAUGGUUGUCGGUCCUCAGAAGCUUACCAAGGGAACCCACAACUUCCCGUUCCAGCUGCAGUUGCCGGAGAAUCUUCCUGCCACCUUCAAGCUGAAGAACAAAAAGGGUCUUGACUAUGAAGCCGAGAUCGAAUAUAAGAUGUACGCCAAGAUCGACAAGGCGGGGCUCGAUCCCAAGUCGGAGAAGGUCCACGUGCACCUCCUGCCUUCAGUCCAGCACCAGGCCGCGGAUUUGAGCAACACCAACAAGUUCAUGUUCGGCAAGGGAUCGUCCACUAUCCACGUCGACUUGCCUACGCUCGCUUUCCCUCUCGGGUCCCCCAUGGAACUCUCGGUCGAGUGCAAAAAUGAGUCGAAAAAGACCAACAAGCACCUCAAGGCGAAGCUCCAACAGCGCAUAAAGCUGAUCAGUGGCGAGCGUGGGGUUCCCGACAUGGUGAUCAACCGUACCGUCGGCGAAGGCCGCGUUGAUGGAGCCGGCAGCCAGCGCCAGACAGUUGUCCGCGACUUGCAGAUCCACACCGCUGAUCUGCCCCCAUCGAUCGACCAUAAGUUCAUUCAGAUCUCGUACAAGCUCGAGGUCGCUGCGUCCUACAGUUUCGCGAAGGACCCGGCCGUCAAGACCGACGUCAAGCUGCUUCCCAUGUCGGAACAGCGCGCGGCGUCUUCCCCCAAGUCGACGGUGCCUCGCAUGGCGUUGCUGGAAGAGCAGCAGCAACAGCAGAUGGACCAGCAGCGACAGCAGCAACAGCAACAGCAGCAGGCUCAACCUGAUGCCAUCCCAUUGCGUUAAGGCGCGAAAAACAGCAAAGUGACUCCUAAAUAGAACUGAGUAGUAGAGCUUCUGAUAUUUGAUUAUUGAUACACUAUACCCUUGAUUUUUAAGACUCCUGAAUUUUUCAAUAUCAUUUGUUCCCACUUCUUA